CUUCCUCCCCUCCCCCGCCUCCCCGCCCGCAAGCACACUCGGCGCCCCCCGCCCGUCCGCCUCCCCCACGCGAGUCUGAAAUAAUAAUCGUAGUAUUAAAGGCAGAGACCGGGCGAGACAAUGGGGAGGUUGGCGAGGGAGCCCCGCGCAGGCUUAGCAACACCUCCCAGCCCCGCAGAAUAAUACGGCUCGGCCCCUCUGCGCGCCCUCCCCCGAGCGCGGCCGGGAGGCGGCGGCUGCGCCGAGGAGGAGGAGAGGCCCUGAGGAGGCGGCGGCGGAGGCCGCGCGGAGGCGGAGGAGGCCGCGCGGGAGGAGGAGGCCGCAGCGCGCGAGCAGGAGGCCGGCGGGGGAGCGGCAUGAGCGGAGCGCGGCGGCCGUGGCUGCUCUUGGCCGCGCUCGGUGCCCAUUGACAGCGGCGGCGGCAGCUCGCUCCAAGAUGGCCGCUUGGCUCGCAUUCAUUUUCUGCUGAACGACUUUUAACUUUCAUUGUCUUUUCCGCCCGCUCAGAUCGCCUCGCGCCGGCCGCUCUUUCCGGGGUCUUUUAUCAAGCAGAAAUGCAUCGAACAACCAGAAUCAAGAUCACUGAGCUAAAUCCCCACCUAAUGUGUGUCCUGUGUGGAGGGUACUUCAUUGAUGCCACUACCAUAAUAGAAUGUCUACAUUCCUUCUGUAAAACAUGUAUUGUGCGUUACUUGGAGACCAGCAAGUAUUGUCCUAUUUGUGAUGUCCAAGUUCACAAGACUCGACCACUACUGAAUAUAAGGUCAGACAAAACUCUUCAAGAUAUUGUAUACAAAUUAGUUCCAGGGCUUUUCAAAAAUGAGAUGAAGAGGAGAAGAGACUUCUAUGCAGCUCACCCUUCAGCAGAUGCUGCCAACGGCUCCAAUGAAGACAGAGGAGAAGUUGCGGAUGAGGACCGGCGGGUCAUAGCUGACGAUGAGAUUAUAAGCUUGUCUAUCGAGUUCUUCCACCCAAACAGGUCGGAUCGGAAAGUAACUAAAGAGAAGCCAAAGGAGGAGGUGAAUGAUAAAAGGUACUUGCGAUGCCCAGCAGCACUGACGGUGAUGCACCUGAGAAAGUUCCUCAGGAGUAAAAUGGACAUACCUAAUACUUUCCAGAUUGACGUUAUGUAUGAAGAGGAGCCUUUAAAGGACUACUACACGCUCAUGGACAUUGCCUACAUUUACACCUGGAGACGGAAUGGCCCACUGCCUUUGAAAUACCGAGUUCGGCCAACUUGCAAAAGAAUGAAGAUGAGUCAGCAGAGAGACGGACUGAUGACGGCUGGAGAGCUGGAGAGUGACUCUGGGAGCGACAAGGCCAACAGCCCAGCGGGAGGUGCUCCCUCCACCUCUUCCUGCUUGCCCAGCCCCAGCACUCCAGUGCAGUCUCCUCACCCACAGUUCCCUCACAUUUCCAGUACCAUGAAUGGAACCAGCAACAGCCCCAGUGGUAAUCACCAAUCUUCCUUUACCAGUAGACCUCGGAAAUCAUCAGUAAAUGGGUCAUCAGCAACUUCGUCUGGUUAAGAACUAAGGGGAAGAUUCUUCACCCCGUUUGAGAUACCUUCAUCCAUUACAGCUUAGAGAUGCUAAUACAUGUGACUGUCGUCCAGUUUGCUUCCUUUGUAGUGACAUUCAAUUUGGCUAUAAAAGAUGGACUAGAUGGGAUACUUUAUAUGGAUGUUAAGUUGAAAAGAAAGAUUCUCUAAAGAAUUGGAUUCUGAGAAGGCGGGCAAGGUUUUUUCUGUGUUAGGAAAGAUGUGAAAUGGUUACUGUGACCACUGUUUGGAACUGGAGGUGUUCUGCAGUGGGCAGACAGUGGGCCAUCGUUUGUUACUCUCAGCUGACGCCUACAUUACAUUCUCUUCGGUUGUUCUUGUUGUUAUGCUGUUUGGUGACCCUGUAGAAAACAAGUGCUUUUAUCUCCAAGUUCAGCAAAUGGAAAGAAUAGGCAUAGAAUGCUGCAUUCUAUGUAGCCAUGUCACUGUGAAUAACAAUUUCUUGCAUAUUUAGCCAUUUUAAUUCCUGUUUGAUUUUUACUUCUCUGUUGCUACGCAAAAUGAUCAAAGGAAACUUGUUUUACAAUCUGUAUGCCUAAAAAGCGGGUACUAGCGUUUAUUUUCCUGACUUGUUUAAAUGAUUCGCUUUUGUAAGAAUCAGGUGGCAUUAUGCUUAUUGUACAAUGCCAUAUUGGUAUAUGACAUAACAGGAAACAGUAUUGUAUGAUAUAUUUAUAAAUACUAUGAAAAUAUUGUGUUUCAUGCAUUCAAAAAGUUGUAAACUUCUCUAAAUGGGUUCGACCUUUGCAGAUACACAGUGCACCCUAUGCUGAGGCUUGACACCAGCACAGAAUUGUUUUAAUGUUGAUGGCUAGUUCCAGAGUCUUUUCCACUGAGAAGCAAAUGGCAGAUCUUCAUAGCUCUGGCUUUUCUCCAAUAAGACUUUCAGAAUUAAUGUUGCAGUAAGGAAAAAUUUUAACCAAGGCAAAUGGAAACAGUGUUUUAAUUUUCAAUUGGUUAAAAUAGAACUAAUGUGUCUUUAAAUACUAUUUAUCAGUGGACUUCUAAAAUAGAUUUUAAAGUCAGCCAGUUAGUUGCUGAAGUAAAACAUUUUAUCUACAACUUUAUGUUAGUGUGUGUGGCACAAUAGUAAUUUCAAAUUUAAGAGUUGUUUUCAUAGUUAAAGGAAUCUGCCUUCUCUGUAAUAUCUGGAAAUAGAAGCAAUUUACUAUGAGUUUCUACAGGUAUUUUUAAAUAGAGCAAACAUGUUGAAUUUAAAAUAUGAAUGACCCUACCAAGUCUCAGUUUGCUUUGGUCGAACUUAACGUGUGUUUAUCAGCCACCAGUUAUCUGUGAGGACGUUUCUUCAUGUUUGUAUGGACCCUGUAGCUAAGCAUUUCACGGUCUGCAGUCUGCAAAAGAAGCACAAUUCUAUUGCUUUGUCUUGCUCAUAGCCAUUAAAUCAUUACUUUUACAUAUAUUGCUGUUACUUCUGCUUUCUUUAAAGAUUUAGUAAAUGUUUUAUGAAGCCACAAAAUACAUAUAUUUUUAUUUUGAUCUAAAUUUGUACAGUCCCAUUGUGUGUGUGUCAUUUCUAAUUAUAGAUGUAAAAUUGAAUUUCAUUUUUAAUUGGGAAAAUUCAAUAAAAGGAUAUUCAUUUAGAAAAUAGCUAUGAUCUUUAAUUAAAAUUCUGCUAUGAAAAGCACAAUGUGCAGAAGUUUUGGGAACCCUGUAGACUGUAAGAGCUAACACCUAAGGAGCAUAAUUGUUGUCAAAUGAUGUUGUCAGUAAUUGCUUUGUUGUACAUUGCUUGGAAGCCCAAUGAAAGGAGUAUCUGUUUAUUUACAAUCUUUGAAGCAAAAGUUACCAAUGUUUACCAAUUUUGGUGAAUUUAACUCAUUUUUCUAGACUUUUCUCGAGGUUUUCACAGCGUUAUCUAAGACAAAAGACAUCUCACCCUCUAUGAUGGACUUACUUCUGAGUGCUUUUGUUAAAGCCUCAGAGGGUUACUAAGCAGUGUGUCACCAUACUUGAAAACAUUUCCAUUUAUUGUAUCUGGGAGGAGGCUUUUUACCCUUACUCAAUUUGAAAAUUGCUUAAGCUUAAAGGAUAUUUCAGUCAAAAUUUGUCUUUUAAUAAAACAACAGAAAGAUA